AUGGCCUGCCUGAGCCCCUUGCAGCUCCAGAAGUUUCAGGAAGAUGGAUACCUGGUUCUGGAAGGAUUCCUGUCUGCAGAAGAGUGUGUGACCAUGCAGGACAGGAUUGGUGAGAUAGUGGCCAAGAUGGAUGUCCCUCUCCAUUGCCGCACAGAAUUUUCUACCCAGGAGGAAGAACAGCUCCGAGCCCAGGGCAGUACAGACUACUUCUUAAGCAGUGGUGAUAAGAUUCGAUUCUUCUUUGAGAAAGGUGUUUUUGACAAGGAAGGCAAUUUCCUGGUCUCUCCUGAGAAGUCUAUCAACAAAAUUGGCCACGCUCUGCAUGCCCAUGACCCGGUCUUCAGGCAUGUUACACAUUCCCCCAAAGUGCAGGCCUUGGCCAGGAGUCUGGGCCUCCAGAUGCCUGUGGUGGUACAGAGUAUGUACAUCUUUAAGCAACCUCAUUUUGGCGGUGAAGUCACCGCUCACCAGGACGCCUCCUUCCUGUACACGGAGCCCCUGGGUCGCGUGCUGGGCCUGUGGAUCGCACUGGAAGAUGCCACACUGGAGAACGGCUGCCUCUGGUUCAUUCCUGGCUCCCAUAGAAGUGGCGUGUCAAGAAGAAUGGUCCGGGCCCCUGCCUCUUCAGCACCAGGCACCAUCUUCCUGGGAUCGGAGCCAGUCUGGGAGAACAGCCUCUUUGUACCCACACCUGUGCAUAGAGGGGCCCUCAUCCUAAUCCAUGGAGAAGUGGUGCACAAGAGUGAGCAGAACUUCUCCAGCCGCUCGCGUCAGGCCUACACUUUCCAUCUCAUGGAGGCUUCUGGCACCACCUGGAGCCCAGAGAACUGGCUCCAGCCAACAGCUGAACUGCCUUUUCCUCCACUGUAUAUCUGA